UGAAACGAUUAGAUAGACUCGAUAGAUAAUGCCGGCCCAAACCCACCCUUGCACCAUGAAUUUCCUGUUUAGUGCGGCAGAGAGUCGACUGGUCCCUGAUUCGAUUCAAGCCUGAGAGACAAGGGGAAAAUUUAUUUCGGAGCCUUUCGUAGCCUCUCGUAUCUUUCGGCCUCAGAAACUGGGCAACAAGCACUCAUUCUCCCAUUCAACUUGCCCCAGCUUUCUUUGGUCCGCCUGCGAACUGCUGCAUAUUGCCCACCAUGGCUGCCGACAAGAUGGAUGUCGAGGUCGCUGAGACGGCGCUCAAGAACAUGGCUCAUUCCGAGCAGCACUACUUCAACAGUUAUAAUCACCAUGGCAUUCACGAGGAGAUGUUGAAAGAUGAAGUGCGCACUAGGUCAUACAUGAAUGCGAUUGUUCAAAACAAGCACCUUUUUAAGGACAAAGUCGUCCUCGACGUCGGCUGUGGCACUGCUAUCCUCUCCAUGUUUGCAGUAAAGGCUGGGGCCAAGCAUGUCAUCGGUGUUGAUAUGUCAACUAUCAUCUUCAAGGCCAAGGAAAUUGUCAAAGUCAAUGGAAUGGAAGACAAGAUCACCCUCAUCCAGGGCAAGAUGGAGGAGAUCGAGCUACCGUUCCCCAAGGUUGACAUCAUAAUCUCUGAGUGGAUGGGCUACUUCCUGCUAUAUGAGAGCAUGCUUGACACCGUCCUAUACGCCAGAGACAAGUACCUCGAAAAGGAUGGCUUGAUUUUCCCAGACAAGGCUACCAUAUUCGUAUGCGGUAUUGAGGAUGGUGAUUAUAAGGAUGAGAAGAUUGGAUUCUGGGAUAAUGUCUAUGGGUUCGAUUACUCGCCGUUGAAAGAGACUGCUCUGUCCGAGCCCCUUGUCGACACUGUCGAGGUCAAAGCAGCUGUCACGGACCCGGCGUCUGUGAUUACGCUAGACCUGUACACCUGCACAACUGCCGAUCUUGCUUUUUCGAUACCCUUCAGCCUGAAAUGUCGGCGUGACGAUUUCGUACACGCUCUUGUGGCAUGGUUCGAUAUCGACUUCACUGCGUGCCACAAGCCGAUUCGCUUUUCCACUGGUCCUCACACCAAAUACACACACUGGAAACAGACCGUCUUCUACAUCCAGGAAGUUCUGACGGUCCAGCAAGACGAGGAAAUUACAUGCAAUCUGGUAGUGAAGCCUAACGAAAAGAAUCGCCGAGACCUCGACAUUCAGAUCGACUAUAAACUCGAGACACAAGAACCCACUCGCCAGGCUAACGGUUCAUGCACCUACAAGAUGUGCUAAGCUGCUCAAAAGCACAAAUCAGAGUAUUGACGCUCGGUCAAGCUAUUUGAACGUAACAUGUGGACGCCGCCAAGAUAGCAUUGCCUCCCUGAGGAAUGCAAGCAGGUAUAGCACGCAUCCUAAGACACAAAGAAGGUAUCUUCAGUCCUGUUGCGUCGCAAAAUAGCAUGUCGCAUCCAGGUACCUGCGAACAUCUUGAGACGGGGCCAAAUACACGUUUUAUCCGCCUUUUUUACGACAUAGAUAUCUGAAGAAAGCUACGGGUGAUGACUAACGAGAAUCUGUAUAAGUUCAUAUAUAGUAAAGAGCUUACCAUAUGCAUCAGCAUUAAUAAUAUUAUGCUAUAGUGCGUAUAAAGUACGAUGUCCGGACCAUGGCUUCUAUAUUUUGAUACUGCUGGUGGUCCCCGUGAUUGUUGCAAUUAUCAAGUUGCCCAUCAAGCAGUAUUUUGCUUGGACUUUUGGUAAAGCUUCAGUAUUAUAAUAUGAGCUGGACAAUACCUACGUAGAUAACUAGGCUGAACGCCUUUCUACAUAGACCAAAUAUGGAAGAGAAAGCCCUUAGAGAUGCGAGGGGUAUGACAACUAGAAAUGCAUGUGAUGGUGGGGUCAAUUAGCUAGGUUAGGUCGAUUGGUCU